AGGAGACAUCAGUUUAGUUUAAAGUUCGGAAGGAGUAGUGCGUGUGACGUGUUAGUUAUUUAUUAUUGUGGUUUACAAAAAUUGAUUCAACGUAACCGGUUUGAUUUCACAUUACAUUGACGACUUUGGGCAUUUGCGUUUUAUUGAAUUUUAUUUUAAGUAAAUCACAUUUGUUAUAAUGGCUUUGAAAUAUAUAAUAUUCGUAAUUUGCAUCGGCAUGACAUGGGCCCAGACAGAACCAUCUCUCUCAGAUGCUAUCAAUAAUUUGCCUCCUGAACUUCAAGGAAAGGUAGAUGAAAAGCAAGUUACUGAACUGAAAAACAAAUCUAUGCAAGUUUUUAAGAAAAAAUGUGAAGAAAAUGGAGGAACAGAAGCUUAUCCACAAAGCGAGAAAUCAUUUUUAAAUUUCGUCGAAUGCUUAAAAGAACUGGUCGAUCCUGCAAAGUUACAAGAUGAGAUUGAAGCGGCAAAGCCAACAGGUCAAGUAGACGAGGUCUUCAAGAAGUAUUGUGAAAAAACACCGUCUUUCAAAAGUUGCUUCCGAAACAUGACAGAGUCAGUAAAGCCUUGCUUCUCGGUUGAAGAACAAAAGAACCUUAAGACUGUCUAUAACAUUUCUGAACAAUUAGCUGAGUUUGUAUGCUUCAAGGAGGGAGAUAGAAUUGCACUUUUCAUCGCCGAAAACGGUCCAGAAUGUUUCAACGAGAAGAAGGCUGAGCUCGAAAUUUGCGCGAACAACACCCUCGGAUCGGAAUUCCACUACGACCAGAACAAGUUCCCCAUUGACAACAUUCCAGAAAUUAAAUUUGGGGAGGACGAGUGUGAUAAAUUCGCUGAACUGCAAGUCUGCGUUGUGAACGCUUUAGAGACGUGCUCGACGCCCACGUCGGCGAACAUUGUCGAGUCACUCUUCAAAUUCGUCAGAAAAUCUACACCAUGCAAGGAAUUGCCUGAAAAAGCGGACGGAAAUUCGAGCAAAAGAAAUGGCGACACUACGCUAAAUAACAAACCAAACUCGGCCAACAGUCUCACAUUCAAGUCCAUUACAAUGGGUAUGAUUGUACUCGCCCUACUUGUCUAAGUACACGCAAUCGCCUCAUACGCUAUGACGCCCUGGUACUUUAGUUUGAUUAUUUAACGUAUCGCCAAAGGUUAAUUGAAGGAUUUUGCUUAAUACAUUUUAAAUAUAUAUCUUUUUAAUGAUUAUUAAUCAUUUAAUCGCCUUAACGAUAAAUGAAAAAAUGUUUUGAAAGUAAAUAUUUAUUCUGAUAUAUUAUUUUUUAUUUAGAUAGUUGUAUCUCACAAAGAUGAACCGUUACAAAACGAAAUAUUUGGUCAGAUGUGUUUGUUACUAAUGUUUUAAAUAAAUUUAACAUAAUCCACCAAACCUCAUUGGAGCGGUGUAGAGAUAUAAGCUCCAAGCUGAAUGGAGGCCUAUGGUCAGUAGAGAUAACAUUUACAGGCCUAUAACAAAACUAUCUUGGGACUUUUAAAAAUGACUCAAUAUACAAUAUAAUAAUCUUUUUUAUGUAUUCCUGGUCUAGUUAUUUAAAUAUUUUCAUUCAAUAACGGUUCGUCUUUGAGUUUUGAGAACGAUUUUUUUUUAAAGCUGUAAUUUGGCAAAAUUCUUCAGUAUCCAUAUGAAUUGCUAGCUUAAUACGAACAAAGUAGGUAAGAAUAUUACUAUUUUUGUAGCUAUUUUCGUUUCAAUUGAAACCAAAUAUUGUAAUAGUUGUGAAGCGUACCUUUAAUUAUAUUAGAAUGCUUAAGCGUUGAAAAUUACAUAUCCGUGAUAAAAUAGUGUGUAUUGUAUUUUCAUAUGCCAGUGAUCGCCAAAUUUUUCGCUUCCAUCCGAAUUAGAUAAUGAUUGCAGAUAUAUUUUUAAUAAAAACUCUAGAGAUAAAGGGGGGUUUGGAUGGUAUUUUUUUGUAGUAUUGUAGGCUCUCUGUAUAAUGUUACUUUGAAUAUAUAAGCCCGGGUUACCAUUCCAUAAAAUUUUAUCUAUUUGGAAAAAAAAUGUUUAAGACUUAAAUCAAUGAACUUCGUUUUAUAUUUUUGAUUGUAGAUUUUGAUGCGAUUUAUAUUACUAUUAGAAUUUAUCGCUAUUAUUAUAAGCCUCUAGUAAUUAUGCAGUUUUCGUGACGUCAUACAUACAUUAUAUUUCGACUUAACUUUUAUUAGGUUGUGAAAUACUGUAGAGGAAAGUGCUCUCGAGGUUAAGUUGAAAUACGUGAAUCGAUAACACUUUUAUUGUAUUGUAAUUUUAGCGUUCAGUAGAUUUGUUGGACUAUAUACUGUAAUAGACGUAGAAAUGUUUAAGAUCAAAACCAAUAAUCAUUUAUGUUAAACAUGAUAAAUAACUUUGAAUCAUUUGUUGGUUAGAGCUGGCCUAUUAGACAAAUAUGCUUUAAUUUUAUAUUUUUGUAUUGUUUUGUAUUUACAUUUUAAUGAAUUAUAUUUGAUCUACAUUCCAAGAAACAUUUUAACAUGACAUUUAUUUACAUAUAUUUUUUAAUUCGAAACAGAGAAUAUAUAGUGGCAUCAACAUGGCGGAAAUGUGUAAGAUGAUCGGUAUAUUACUGCAAUCAUAAUUUCAAAGUCGAUUUAUAAAAUAUCCUGUACAAUUACGUUUUAGUUGUCUGUAUGGCACAUCUGUAUUCUCUGUUCUGUGGUAAAGUAGUGCGAGGAAAGUGAGUGUAGUUAUUAGAGCUAUGUUGUGAUGAAUAUUGUAUGUUGCUUCAUUAAAAUGGUGGUUUAAUGUUA